AUGGCGUCACUCGGCGACGACCAAGCUGCCGCGGAGCUGAUGGACGAAGACCUGCGCCACUUUGCAAAGACAAUGGACACCGGGCCGGGCGUUCUCGUCUCAGUCAUCAUGCGCGUGUUGUCCUCGGAGCGCUUGACGAACAAUAGGGGCACGCGCAUCACUCUGGUGGAUGGGUUCAUGCAGCCCCAUUGGAAGUCCCACAAUCGAAAGCUGUCGGCAAUGGACCCUUUCCGGAAGGACACCCGCGUGGUGAAGAUUACUAUGUGGGACCCGAACGUGCGGUCAGUGACCAGAUCUCGUGAGCCUUACGAACACAUUCACUGUAUGUGCAUCAAGAUGUUUAAACACGAUGAAGCAGAAUGA